AUGAACCCAACGUUGAUCAGAACAUUAGCUGCUUCGAGCAAGACCGUGGCAAAGACAGCAGCCACUGCAUCAAAACCUUCAUACACUGUGGUUCCACAAUACAAGUACUAUUUGAGACGUAUACCUUCGCUUGGUGUAUGGGCUUCUGGCAUUGCAUUCUUUUUCGGAUGGCCUCACUUGUACGUGUGGUACAGCAAUUUCAUUUUUAAUGCACCAGGUAACAGAGGCCAAUUCUACUAA